GUGGAUCAAACAGAAACCCGAUCAGAAAACAACUGGGGUUUUUGUUCAAAACCGCAUAAAAGAGAUUCUGAAAAACACAGAACUUAUUGAAAAUGUCGGCGCUACGGUAUACUUCGGUUAUAUAAAUACCAAAGAUAAUCCAGCUGACAUAGCUACCAGAGGUUGCUCCGGUACUGAGCUCCUUAAUCACUUCUGGUGGAACCCAAAAGAGCAGCUCACUAAAGCCAUGCAAAACGAACUCUUCUCACUCGAUCAUCAUCCAGUAAUAAAUGUCAAUGUAGCCGUGUCUCACGACAACUACAACGAAGAAUGGCUAAACGACUGUGAUUCAUGGGGAGAAGCUCUCCGAAAAUGGAUAGCAGAACACUAUCCUUUAAAUGAACCAGUCUCCGCCAAACAUUACGAAGAAGCGGAGAAGGAACUUCUCUACAGGCAUCAAGCUGACCUUUUGAUUCGCCUGAGCGCUGCCCAACGACAAGACCUACGUCCUCUUCUUCGAGAUCAUCUUUGGGUCUGUCGAGGACGCAUGUCCAACGCCGACAUGGAAGAAGAAACCAAGUUUCCAAUUCUAAUCCUUCCAAAAACACCUACAGCUAAACUUCUCAUAAAAGAGGCUCACUCCGCCUACCAUAAAAGCAUUGCUCAUACAAUGGCAGAUGUACGCCAGCGAUUCUGGAUACCACAACUACGUUCACAGACAACUUCAGUUAUCCACAAAUGCGUAGAGUGCCAGAAAUUCAACAACCGGCCAUACAUCUACCCUCCUUCGGGGGAUUUGCCAAAACGGAGACUUACUCAGUGUACUCCCUUCCAACAUGCAGGCGUCGACUACUUCGGUCCCCUAAAUACACAAGAAGGGAGCACUUGGGGAUGCAUUUAUACAUGCACAGUCACUCGACUCAUUCAUCUUGAAAUCAUCACCGAUCUUACUGCGACUUCCUUUAUCAAUUGCUUACGCAAAAUUUGGGGACGCAGAGGAGUUCCACAGUCGAUCACGAGUGACAACGCAUCCACUUUCGAACUAGGAAGAAAAAUAGCGGACAAAAUCUUCUCGAUACAACAGCAUCACACAAUCCAAAACGUCUUAGCUCAUCAGAAGAUUACCUGGCAUAACAUCACUCCUUACGCCCCAUGGCAAGGAGGUUUUUACGAACGCCUCAUCAGAUCGGUAAAAACAGCCAUGUAUAAAAAUCUGAAACACGUGCCAACUCGAGAAGAACUAUCUACAGUUCUCAUCGAAUGCGAAGCCGUGAUCAACUCACGACCUCUCACAUACAUAGGCACAGAAAACGAUUCCAGUACGAUUCUACGUCCUGUGGACUUCAUCCACAAAAAUAUGAAUCUGUAUGCUGAAAUCGAAGAGCAAGAUGACGACGAAGAGUAUUGCAAUCAUCCAGCACUACGCACUCAACUUGAUGCCGAACAAGCAAUACAAUCGUCCAACCAGCGAACUACCAAGUUUUGGGAAACAUGGAAAGAACUCUAUAUCAAAGAACUUAGAGGUUCUCACAAACACACCAUCUCAACCCGAAAAGCUGGCACGCGCAGCCUACCAACCGUCGGUCAGGUCGUUCUCAUCCAUGAUAACAUGCAACCCCGCCACAAGUGGCACAUCGGUCGCAUCUCAUCAAUCCAAGCCACCAAAGAUGGCUCUAUUCGCGAAGUAACACUACGGUCAGAGACAGGAAGGACACUGUCACGGCCAAUCAACUUACUGUAUCCGCUCGAAAUACCAGACAACGAGCUACCGUCUACACUAAAGGAACCAGUCAGUCCAAACACGGAAGAAAACGCCGAACCACCAUCGGCAAACACCCGUCGUCAGCCACGACACUGGUACGGUAGCACUGACUCUCUUAUAUACGUCAUGUGUCUUCUUCUAUUAGCUGUGACCCCUACAUGUGCUCACAAUACAAUGCCAUCUAUCAGGUGUAGCCCAACCGGUAUCAUCACUUCCGGUGAUAACAUUUCUCAACAACAGCUCUGUCUAGCUCAUAACUGUGUUACUCUCACAUCAACGGGCCCCAUACAUCUUAACGCCGCUGACAUAGUCACAGAUUACGCAGUUACCUGGACUUUUCUCCUUAACGGACACAUACAUAACUUACAACAGUAUUGCCAAGCAGGUUCAUUCUGUAAGACAGUCACUUGCACAUUCUGCAUGGCGGCCAUGCUCAACCCGUCGUGCUGGCCAUGGACAUCGAUUAUACUAAUAAUCCUGUUCACUUACACUCUCACGGCUAUAUGCUACGGCCUUCUCUACACUCCUUGGAUUAUAGGGAAACCAAUAAGACUAUGGUUUUAUACCAUGUACCGAGCUAUUCGGUAUUGCAUGUCAGCCAUAUUGACGAGAAUUUUUCGGAAACGACAGCUUCAACCAACAUUAAAAACCAGGAAAAGCAUAAUUCCAUUGAUCGCUUGUCUUCUAUUGAGUAGUUGCCACGCUUGCCAAGAUUUUAACUUUAUGCAUUCUGAUUCAACGAAGUGCUCUAACGAACAGUGCCAUGUGACAUCCAACAUACAUACGGUUAUCAGUCCGUACACUCAGGAAUCAUGCCUGCAACUCUCACAGAACGAGAACAAAAUUGCGUUCCUACGUCUGCAAUGGAUCGACACUCGUUACACCUGUCAAACAAAAACUCUCUAUUGGACAAGAGACACUUCUCCGAAAAUAUGGGACAGCAAAAGAUGCCCUCACACAGGCUCCUGCUCCCAAAAUAAAUGUCUUGAUUUCAACAGUGAAUCUCUCAUCCCCGAACUACAGCCUGCCAACUCUUAUCCGGGAGUAACACACUGCGUCGAAUCCUGUGGUGGACCAGGAUGCGGUUGUUUCUACCCAUCCUCCGGUUGUCUAUUCUACCGCACAUAUUUAAAAAACAACUCCAACACUCUUUAUCAAGUGGUAGAAUGUGACACAUGGACUCCAACCACUCGCAUCCAGCUGACUCACACGUCCGGUGCAAACACCACAGUGUACAACAUGACACUCAUUGACGAUACUCCUAUCACUAAUGGAGCAUUCACAUUGCAAUUGACAGGACUCUCUACACCUAUUAUCCCUAUUAUGCAACAACGCUUCAUUCGUUCAUCGUCAGCCACGGCAGUACUCUCGCAGCCAACUCAGCUACAGUGUCCAAACAGUACAGCAGCAGCAAAACUUCAAGGCUGCAAUGCUAAUCCCGACUGUCAAUGUUCUCCAGCCGAAGACGCGAUCAAAUGCGAUUGCAAAGAAGACAUACUUAAGACAGCAUUUAACGACAUUCAUCGUAAGCUGCCUCUUGUUUCUCCGACUUACUCACUAGUCACUCUACAUGACAACGUAGUAAUGAAAAUCAAGCGCAACACAAUGGCUGAAAUUCUUUUAACAAUCAACGGCACCUUCAGUACCAGUUCUAGUUUCACGAACACGACAUGUUCAAUAUCUGACUCGACGCUAUCCGGCUGUUAUAACUGCCAACAAGGCGCACAAGCCCUGAUGACUUGUACUUCCCCCACAACAGCUAUGGCAGCAAUUCAAUGUGAAGAUACAGCAUUCAUGGCACAAUGUGGACCCUCAGGAAUAUCUAAUACUGUACGACUCAGUCAAACGUCGGCCACCCCCAACCUGAACUGCUCGUUCACUUGUGGUACACAAAUUAAAUCAUUUCGUCUUACCGGAGUCUUAUAUUACGUGAAUGAUAUGGUAACCUUGCAACGCCAUUUCUCGGAAGCCAACCACAGCAGCUUCCACGAAACAACUUUGACGUUCCCAUGGCCGGAUAUUACACAUAUCUUUGACAUGUACCAGGAUUGGCUGAAAGAGAUCAUCAUUUGCGCAGGCAUAACAUUGAUCGUACUCUGUAUCCUCUACAUCAUCAUUACACGCUAUAGCAUAAACGCCGCCCUCAGCAUUCUCCGUCUUGCUAUUCGCCUCAUCACGUUACCUUUUCAACUUGCUUUCUUGUGCUUCUCUUACUUACUUAACCGCCGACAAAAAGUUCACAUCUUCAUUUUACUUUUUGUAAUUUUAGGCCCAGUAACGAUGAGUCAACCACUCCGUUCACUUCAACAAUCAUGCGAAUCUAACUUUCGCGAAGUGAAUAGACUUCGAUCGCUGACUCGGUCAGUCUAUCUGAAACAAGGGGCCGAGAUAGUUCAGAACACGCUGAAGGCCAUUAUGACCCUUGAGACCGCAAAGCUCCGUAAGGACAACCGCGAGGAGCACACUUACAAAGCCGCAAUCAACGUACUCCAACAGUACGUCACAAUUCGCAACUUGCUUUCCGCAGCGCGAACAGACCAUGCAUUUCACGAAUGCAUCAAACUAUUCGAGGUAUUCGGCUCCAUCGACGCCGUUUAUUUACUGGCUGAAGACAUCAAGAAAGCCCACCUUUCUUCGACCCGUCUUGCUUUAUCAUUCACCCCAGUACUGCCUCCUUCUCUAAGGCGGGAGGAUCCUUCUCAACAGGAUAAUCAGACUCCCCAAAACCAGUACAGAGACGCUAAUGCAGAACGUCUCAGAAACAUUGAGAGGCAUUUACAUCGCCUCACUGAAAUCACGCACAGGCUGGAGCAGAAACUAUUUCCUCCAGCGUCAGAUAGAAAACCGAUUGUGUGGGAGGCAUUACCUGCAACUCCUCAUAGCUCA